CCUGCAAUGAUAGGCUGCUCUUUUGUGGUAAACCGGGAAUACUUUGGGGAGUUGGGCCUACUGGACGCAGGGAUGGACGUGUAUGGAGGCGAAAAUAUAGAGCUGGGAAUCAGGGUUUGGCUGUGUGGGGGAAGCAUGGAGGUUCUGCCUUGUUCCAGAGUGGCCCAUAUUGCUAGAACAAAAAAGCCCUACCACAGUAACAUCGCCUUUCACACUAGACGCAAUGCACUUCGGGUGGCAGAAGUCUGGAUGGACCAAUACAAAUCUAAUGUCUAUUUGGCAUGGAACCUCCCAGUGAAGAACCAUGGCAUUGAUUAUGGAGACAUAUCCCAGAGACUAGCGCUCAGGAAAAGACUCCAGUGCAAAAGCUUUGAGUGGUACCUUGACAAUAUCUAUCCAGAGAUGAGGAGAUACAACAACACUCUCUUUUACGGAGAGAUUCGCAAUACCAAUGUGACCCAUCUGUGUGUGGACCAGGGCGUAAAGGAAAACCACACGGCAGCUCUGCACCCCUGCCAUGGCUGGGGCCCUCAGCUGGGUCGCUAUACUAAGGAGGGAUAUCUUUUCCUGGGUCCUCUGGGAAGCACGGGCGAAGAUACUCGGUGUGUGGUGGACGAUAAAAUCAGCGGCUACCCGCAGCUCCUGAAUUGUGAGAAAGUCUCAAGUGUACGGCAGAAAACUUGGCACUUUGCACAGAAUAAAGCAAUCAUCAACCGAGCUACAGGACGCUGUCUCGAGGUAGUGCCGGCUAAUGUCUACUUCGGCUAUGCUCUGGUCCUGCGCCCCUGCACUGGCCAGAAGUGGACGGUCAAGAAUUUGAUGAAACGAGACUAAUGGUAGUGAGUCAGUGACCUUAGAGAGUUGCUAAUCUCUUUUGGCCUCCAUAACAAGUUUAGGAACUGGAAAAUGGAUCCAGUUUUGUUGAACUCAAGGGGUGCGGUUCAUGUUUGCAUUUUUGCAUUGGGCUUUCGGUCUUACUACAGUCCACAAUUCAAAAGUAAACAAAAAGACACUAGAAGCACCACAUACAGCAGGUUCUCGAGAAUCUCUAGACGUCCUUUCCAAAAUAAAAGGACAGUUUUCUGAGGAUCAUUGGAGCCCGUGAGUUCCUGCAAGAACUGUUAAAAACUCCAACGGUUCCUCCAGUAAUGAAAGGUUUUGAAGCACAUAAACUGUAUGUUGAAGUUCCUUAGGUUUGCAAUAUUUGAUGUUCAACCGUUAGAGCAACCUGACUCAAAUCUUGAAACCAAAAUGACUUUUAAACAUUGUAGAUGAUCAGCUGCUGUACUGCACAUACUCUGUACACCACUGUACUCAUAACGUUAGUCAAUGCAAAUUUAGUGUUUAUUCUGAAAAAAAAAAAAAAACUGGUUCAGGUGUUCAUAGCUUUAUUUAGAGUUAAUAUUGAAUAUCUGUAUUUCUCCUACAUUCUCUAGUUUGAAGUUCCCACUGUUAGCAGCUAUGGAUCUCAGUGCAUUUUCUGUUUAAAUAAGCUGUCUGCUCUGGACAAAUGUUAUUUAUUGCAUUAUUGUUAUUUUCACUAUAGAAUGACAUGAUGAUAUGUGUGCAGUUUUACAGAUUCUAAGGUUAUUGAGCUCUAUCUGCUGUUGAAUGGAUCCUGUAGUAGUCCUACUGUUACUUUAAACCACACUCUAUAGCAACAAGGCCAGCAUGUAGGCGAAAGGAAUAAGGAAAAAUGAUCAUCAGGGAUUGUCGACUGAGUUAUAUAAGAACACACGUUACAUGAGUCAUAAACCGCACAUGUAACUACGGUCUCCUCAGAUGUUGUUGCACCCGUCUUACCGUCUUCCAUUUUGACUAGGACUGAUUUGAAUAAAACAAUGAACA